AUGGUUAUUGCUGCGGGUGAUGUUGGAAGGAAGAAGAGAAAAAAUAUGACUAUGAUUAUGAUUGUACCGAUUCAACUUUCUUCUCUGGAACAAUGUGGCAGAAGAGCAAAUGCUGCGGAAAUGAAUAAAGACUGCGUUUAUUCAGCUUGUAAAAGUGAACGAUUGCAGACGUUCUGUGUUGUCUUUAGUUUUCCAUGGGAAAUAAUAUGA